AUGACACCACCACAGUUUGACGUCGACACCGAAGUGGAAAAGUUGUCCAAAACGUGUUUGAGCAAUGAGGAUCACGAGCUGUUUUGGAACAACACUUUAAAGCAUACGCUUGUACGAUUAUACAACGCAUUUUUGAUUGAUGGAGCGCUAGAGAUGAUUGGCCAGACGGAGAUGAGAGCGACACUGAACUUUGCUCCACGCCGUAGCUGGAAAUCCUGUGAAUUCCUUAGAUCGGAGAGGCCUAGUGAAAACGCGUUGGCGUCAGCGGCAACAAUUGAAGCUUACUAUGAUCUUGUAGAACCGCAAUCUUAUAUUUGCAAUCUUGAUAAAUUCUUUUUGGAGAAAAAUAUGACUCCUGCCAUUGCUUUCUUAGACAAUCGUUUUCCCUUUAUUCGUGCCUAUUACAGGCGUAGUUUUGAAGAAAUCAGUCAGAGUGAUGGAGGAGAGAUAAAUAGAAAAUUAGUUGAUAAUAUGAUUCACAAGUUCGAAGUGAUUGUUGAAGAAUUGAAAAAUGCAACAUACCGAAUGCUUAAUCAUCGUAUUGGAGAAUGUCAAAUAAACUAUGAUCUAUGA